GGAGGCGCCUCGCUUUCCCAGCAUCCCCCGCGGCAAACAUGGCGGCGGCGCGGAGCUGAGGCCUCGGGCUGGGCCUAGUGAGACCGAACCGGGCCGGACCGGGCCGGGGGGGCUGGGUUGGACCGGAGGAAGGGCCGGUCCCGUUCCCGGUGCUGUGAGCGGCCCCAGCCCCGUUAAACAUGGCGGGGGAGCUGGCGGAUAAGAAAGAACGGGACUCGUCCCCCGGGAAGGAGGAACGGAAACGAUCCCGGUCACCGGAACGAGACCGAGACCGGGACCGGGACCGGAAGGGAUCCCCCAAGGACCGGAAACGGCACCGAUCCCGGGACAGGAGGAGGAGCAGCCGGUCACGGUCACGGUCACGGUCCAAGUCGUUGGACAGGGACCGGAGGCACAAAGAGCGGGACCGGGACCGGGGGAAGAAGGACCGAGACCGGGAGAAGGAGAAAGAUGGCGGCCACCGGAGGGACAAGGAGCGGAAACGGGGCAGGGCCUGUUCCCCGAUCAGGGGUAAAGACUCCAAAUCCCGCAAGGAGAGAGAGCAGAGGAAGGGGGAGGAGGAGGAGGAGAAGCGCUGAAAAAGGAGAAGGCGCAGCCCGUCCCUGGAGGAGCUGCUGGCCAAGAAGAAGGCGGAGGAGGAGGCAGAAGCCAAGCCCAAGUUCCUGUCCAAGGCUGAGCGUGAGGCCGAGGCCUUAAAGCGGAGACAGCAGGAGGUGGAGGAGCGACAGCGGCUGCUGGGAGGGAGGAGAGAAGAAGAGGAGCAAUUCCAGGAGCUUGGGGAGGAAGAUACCCAGGAACGGGAGCGCAGGGAAAGGAGGGAGAGGAUGGAGAGAGAAAGUAACGGCACCGAGGAUGAGGAGGGGAGGCAGAAGAUCCGCGAGGAGAAGGACAAGAGCAAAGAGCUGCACGCCAUCAAGGAGCGGUUGGGGGGGGUGAAGAAGCGCAGGAGGACGCGGCACCUGAACGACCGCAAGUUUGUGUUUGAAUGGGACGCUUCCUGAGGAACCUCCAUUGACUACAACCCGCUGUACAAGGAGAGGCACCAGGUUCAGCUGUUGGGCCGAGGCUUCAUCGCGGGGAUCGAUUUGAAGCAGCAGAAAAGGGAACAGUCGCGUUUUUAUGGGGACCUGAUGGAGAAGAGGAGGACGCUGGAGGAGAAGGAGCAGGAGGAGGCCAGGCUGAGGAAACUGAGGAAGAAAGAAGCCAAACAACGUUGGGACGACAGACAUUGGUCCCAAAAGAAACUGGACGAGAUGACGGACAGAGACUGGAGGAUCUUCAGGGAGGAUUACAGCAUCACCACCAAGGGGGGCAAGAUCCCAAACCCCAUCCGCUCCUGGAAGGACUCGUCACUGCCGCCCCAUAUCCUGGAGGUCAUCGAUAAGUGCGGAUAUAAGGAGCCCACCCCCAUCCAGCGUCAGGCCAUCCCCAUCGGGCUGCAGAACCGCGACAUCAUUGGGGUGGCUGAGACCGGCAGCGGGAAAACGGCCGCGUUCCUGAUCCCACUGUUGGUGUGGAUCACAACCCUGCCCAAAAUCGACCGCAUUGAGGAGUCAGACCAGGGGCCCUACGCCAUCAUCCUGGCCCCCACCCGUGAACUGGCCCAGCAGAUCGAGGAGGAAACCAUCAAGUUUGGGAAACCGCUGGGGAUCCGCACGGUGGCCGUUAUCGGGGGCAUCUCCCGCGAGGACCAAGGGUUCCGCCUGCGCAUGGGCUGCGAGAUCGUCAUUGCCACCCCCGGGCGCCUCAUCGACGUCCUGGAGAACCGGUACCUGGUUCUGAGCCGCUGCACGUACGUGGUGCUGGACGAGGCGGAUCGGAUGAUUGACAUGGGGUUUGAGCCUGAUGUACAGAAGAUCCUGGAGCACAUGCCUGUAACCAACCAGAAACCGGACACGGACGAGGCCGAGGAUCCGGAGAAGAUGCUGGCGAACUUUGAGUCCGGGAAACACAAGUACAGACAGGUGGGAUAUGGGGUGUGGGGUAUGGGAUGUGGGCCAGAUUACAUCCACCGCAUCGGCCGCACGGGCCGCGCUGGUAAAAGCGGCGUCGCCAUCACGUUCCUGACCAAGGAGGAUUCGUCCGUGUUCUACGAGCUGAAACAAGCCAUCCUGGACAGCCCCGUGUCCUCCUGCCCCCCCGAGCUGGCCAACCACCCCGAUGCACAGCACAAACCCGGCACCAUCCUCACCAAGAAGCGCCGCGAGGAAACCAUCUUCGCAUGAGGAAUAUGGGGCUGCCAGGGCUGCUAUGGGGCUGACCCAUAACCUGCCUGUAAUGCAGCCUGGACUGCUAUGGGGCUGCCAGGACUGCUAUAGGGCUGCUAUGGGGCUGCCCCAUAACCUCCUUGUAUUGCAGCCUGGACUGCUAUGGGGCUGCCCCAUAACCUGCUUGGAUUGCAGGACUGCUAUGGGGCUGCCCCAUAACCUGCCUGGACUGCUCUGGGGCUG